CCCAGGCGCUGGGCAGAACAGCGGGUCCCAGCACCCUGCGGCACCCCCUGGCACCCCCUGGCACCCCGUUGGCACCCCAGAAGGUGCUGCUGAGUGGCCACAGCAGCACAGGACAUCAACAGGGGGACCACCACCAUGGCCAACUCGACGGCCUCCAUGGAGGCUGGGAGGAACUCAUGCACUUUCCACGAAGAGUUCAAGCAGGUUCUGCUGCCCGUGGUCUACUCAGUGGUGUUCAUGGUGGGGUUGCCCUUGAACGCCGUGGUCAUUGGGCAGAUCUGGGUGGCCCGUAAGGCACUCAGCCGCACCACGAUCUACAUGCUGAACCUGGCCACGGCCGACCUGCUCUAUGUCUGCUCCCUCCCGCUUCUCAUCUACAACUACACCCAGAAGGAUUAUUGGCCUUUUGGGGACUUCACCUGCAAAUUUGUCCGCUUCCAGUUCUACACCAACCUACAUGGCAGUAUCCUCUUCCUCACCUGCAUCAGCUUCCAGCGGUACCUGGGCAUCUGCCACCCCUUGGCCUCGUGGCACAAGAAGAAGGGGAAGAAGCUGACGUGGCUGGUGUGCGCUGCGGUAUGGUUCAUCGUCAUCGCCCAGUGCCUGCCCACCUUCAUCUUUGCUUCCACCGGCACCCAAAGGAACCGCACCGUCUGCUACGACCUGAGCCCACCGGAUCGCUCCGCUGCCUACUUCCCAUAUGGCAUCACCCUCACCGUCACUGGCUUCCUGCUGCCCUUUGUGGCCAUCCUCACCUGCUACUACAGCAUGGCCCGGAUCCUGUGCCAGAAGGAUGAGCUGAUCGGCUUGGCGGUGCACAAGAGGAAGGACAAAGCCGUGCGUAUGAUCAUCAUCGUGGUCAUCGUCUUCUCCAUCAGCUUCUUCCCCUUCCACCUCACCAAGACCAUCUACCUGAUCGUCCGUUCCUCACCCAGCCUGCCCUGCCCAGCUCUGCAGGCGUUUGCCAUCGCCUACAAGUGCACGCGUCCCUUCGCCAGCAUGAACAGCGUCCUUGACCCCAUCCUCUUCUACUUCACCCAGCGCAAGUUUCGCGAGAGCACCCGUUACCUCCUCGACAAGAUGAGCUCCAAGUGGCGACAUGACCACUGUAUUACCUACGGCUCUAGGUGAGGAUGAGGGACACCUCAGUGUCACUGGGACUGGGCAUGGAGCAAUUUUGACUUUAAGCUACACAGAGCGAGAUGGCUUCAGCUGGGGAUGUGCUGGAGGAUGGGAGGAUGGCGUGUCCCGAGCUUUCAGCACUUUCAUUUCAUCUCCAGCCUGCAGCAGCACAGUAUUAACCCCAUCAAGGCACAGAUCUGGUGUCCUCUCUCUGGCUCGGUUGCUUGGUUUGAGCAGACUAGCACCAUGUUUCCUUGGUGGCCAAGCCACUGAUGCAAUGAAAACCUCUGGUGGGACCAUGGAGAACGCAGUGGGAUCAUGGAGGGGACAGUCCCUGGCUCGGGGCGAGCUGCUGGGGGGAUGAUUUCUCCCUCUUCUCGUUUAAAGCUUCCCUGAUGGGGCCAUGUGAAGGCUGGGGAGGGUUUGGCUCAGCUCGUGCCUGUCUGGGGAACAUGGAGUUGUUUCUCCAGCUCACGAUCAGUGUCAUGGACAAGUUUUGGGCUAACACUGGGGCAUUGCUAUCCCCCAGGCCCCAGAAUGGGGCCAGAUCGGUAAAAGACAUGGGCCCACUGGUACUACUGGUACUGCAAAGUGGUGGGAGAGCAUCCUUGGCCAGACUGGGAGCUGGGAAGGGGGACGUGAGGGCAACUGGGAUACCCAUGCUGGAUUUCCCACCCAAGUGAUGACCAUGGGCUGGCUUAGACACAAGUCAGCAAUGUUGUCACCUGCCUGGGGACCUACAGCAUCACCCGGGUCCAGCUCCCUGCUUAGCCCUGCACCCCAAAUCUGGCCCAUCCCGGCAUCCUGCUGUCAUCUCCUAACCAGGACCCACCAAAAUCAGAGCCAGCGUACCCGGACGCGAUGCCAGGAAUCAGGAAAACCCAUGCCACCAAGCUAUUUGGUGUCCUUGGUCGUGUCAUCGCACGGCCCCCCAUUGGCUUGGCCUCUCCAUCACCCCCACGCUGGGUUGGGGCCUUGAGCUUUGCUCCCUGCAGCCUCCCGGCCAAGGAGGGAUUUGCUUACAUGG